UCGCAAUGCGACAGACAGCCAAACUACCACAGUUCUCAUCAAUGCUCAAAGAACGCAGAGUCAUUGAAGAGGACUGUUACGUUGAUGACAUCCUGACAUCAGACAAUGAAAUCGAUGCGCUGCGAAAGAUAACUGUUGGUGUUGAGAAGAUAUUGAAGGCUGGGGGGUUCUCUCUAAAACCCUGGUCUUCUCUGGCCAAAGUGGGAGGGGGGAAGCCCCAGGCAGUCCCCAGUCUGGCUGUCCAAGCGCUCCGACAAUCCUCAUGCUCCCAAAUCAGCUGCAAGAGGAGGACAGUAAAGCCCUUGGCGUUGGGUAUGAGCCUGAGUCAGACAAGCUUCGCAUCCUUGCUUCAAUCAACUUCUCAAAGAAAAGGGGGAAGAUGAGGACUGGGCUUGACUUAAGGGAGGAGGAGGUCAGGAGGAGCACUCCUGAGCCACUGAGCCGACGUUUGCUUCUUGGCCAAAUCGCCAGCCUCUAUGACCCAAUUGGUCUAGUCACCCCUGCAAAACAGAAAGGAGUAAUCCUUGUAAGAGAAUCCUUUCAAGAAGCAAGAAAAGAUCGUCCUGUGAAAGACACAUGGGAUGACCCGCUGUCACCAAGACUCCGGGAGGCAGCUGUUACACUCUUCGAGGAGUAUGUAAGGCUCGGCCAAAUAAGAUUCGACCGAAGCCUCACACCCUCUGAAGUCUUAGGCUCCCCAGUUGGAAUUACAUUUUCUGAUGGGAGUGAAGCCUCUUACGGAGCUGUACUUUAUCUUCGCUGGGAAACAGAGCCUGGUCAGGUCAUCGUGAGGCUGGUGGAGUCUAAGGCCAAGCUUACUCCUCUCGACCAGAAGGGGGAUGGAAUUAAGGCUGAACUGUGCGGUGCGGUAAUCGCUACUCGCUUGAAGAAAUACUUUGAGAGGCACUGCCGCAUCCCAGUUGAUCAUUGGGUACACUUAGUAGACAGCCAGACGAUCCUCGGUGCAAUCCAGAAGGACAGCUAUGGAUACCAAACCUUCUUCGCAAACCGGAUCGGAGAAAUCCAGAAAGCCGGUCCGGUGGACACCUGGAAGUGGGUUGAAGGAUGUUUUAACAUCGCGGAUAUCCUCACAAGGGGCGCGACCCCUGAGGAGUUGGACGAAGACUCUGAGUGGCAGACCGGGCCUCAAUUCCUCAAAUGGCCUGAGAGUGAAUGGCCGGUGAAGACUGCAAGUGAAGUCUCUGCCACGGUCGCUGACGAGACCAUCAAGAGGCUUCAAAGACGCGCAUUCUCUGCUGUGGUCACAAGGCAUCAGGAAAAGAAAAACGACAUGAAGCCUCCUGAGCUUGGUAGACCAGGAACCACUCCACCUGUUUUUAUCCCUAUUCCACGGAUGCAAGUCGUGGCCCUUGUGCGCUUCAUUGGGCCUGGGAGAUUCAGCUCCCUCACAAAGCUGUGUGGGACGGUUGCCUGGACACGUCGGGCGGUGGAGGCUUGGUUAGGAGGCAACCACCAGACCACAGUCAAUAGGAACCCCAAACCCAGUCUUACAGCUGUUGAGAGAGCAGAAGCCUUCCGAUGCCUUGUCCUUGAAGCCCAGGAUGGAGCUGAAAUACGGGACUCAACUCUUGACCGACUCGUGGUCCGGACCGAUGAGGGGACAGGACUCCUGCUCUGCGGAGGACGUAUUCAGUCCUGGAACGAAGGCAAAAUUGCUAUUCCUCUGGUCCCUAUGCAUACAAGACUGGCCACAUUGCUGGCCCUGGAGGCUCAUGAGAAGAAUCAUGAGGGGGUCGCAGCAACUCUCCUGCGCACUCGGGAAAGAGCCUGGAUAAUACAAGGCCGUCGAGUCGUCAGAAAAGUGAUAAAUGACUGCAUCCACUGCCGAAAACAAAGAGCAAGAGUAUGCCAGCAAGUGAUGAGUGACCUCCCGUUGGAACGCACACAAAGGGCAGGCCCUUUUGAGUAUACAACCUUGGAUCUAUUUGGCCCCUAUGAAGUCAAAGACGCAGUCAAAGGGAGAGUGAGGAAGAAAGUCUGGGGAAUCAUCUUCUGCUGCAUGGCUUCAAGGGCAGUCCAUGCUGAUGUAUGCGAUGACCAAUCAUCAGAAAGUUUUCUGCUAGCCUACUCACGCUUUGUUUCUCUAAGGGGCCAUCCACGUAAGCUAUGGUCCGAUAAAGGGACAAAUUUCAUCGGGGCUAAACCCGCCCUGAAUGAGCUCCAAAACCACCUACGCUGUGUUCAGACGUCAUCUGUUGAGGACAUCGCUUCCAAGAACGGGACGGACUGGGCGUGGAGCUUCCACCCUGCUGAUGCGCCCCACCGAAAUGGAGCAGCAGAAGCUGCCGUAAAAUUGAUAAAAAGAGCCCUAACGAGUUUGAAAGGAGCAACAGACCAUCUCACCUGGGGUGAGUUCCAAACUCUACUGUUUCAGGCAGCCAACCUGACGAACGAGCGCCCGAUCGACGCCCACGCUCAGGAGCAAGAGGAGUCCAUCGAAAAAAGGAGGCAACAUUGGACAAAAGUUCGCCCAAAAACGUAAAAAAAAAAAAAAAAACCUAUUUUAAUGUUUGUGAACUUUUCACUAUUGUCGCUGAAUGGGGCCUUUUCGAUUAUGUAUUGGUGUAAGUUCCCUGGAUGGGACAUCGGGAACUUAAGUGGGAGGUGUUGGAUUCACCUGGCGCUUUUGGAUUCACCUGGCGCUUUAAGAGGGGCGGGGCUGCCACUGACAGCUGACCGUUCGCGCAACAUAUAAAAAGCAGCAUCGCAUUAUGUUAAGUUAGUAAAUACACUCGCUUCGUCGUCGGCAUGGCCCAAUGGUAAGCUACGUGUGUGCUUUA